AAAGUCGUGUCGUUUUCGUAAGCGUAAAGCAUAUGGUGGCGAUUGUAAUCAUUUCAUUACCGGAACGUUGCUGUGUAAAAUUUCUUCUUGUAUUUGUGUUAUCGCUAUCAGUUAAGUAGUUAUGGGAUCAUCUCGACAUAGAGACCGAAGUCGGGAUAGAGAAAGAGACCGUGAUCGUGACCAUGAAAGGGGUCGCGAUAGGGACCGUGACAGAAGGGAUCGUAAACGACGUAGUCGAGACAGAGAUCGUCACCGUGAUCGUGAACGUCGAGAUAGAGAACGAAGAAGUAGAAGUAGGCAUCGCGAGCGUACCCCAGAAAAAACUGCAAUUCCUGAUGGAAACAAACUACUUGCGGAAACAUUGGCCACGAUUGCAGCUACAAGAAAUUAUGCCGCACUUGUAGCACAACGUAAUGGCGAGUUGGCUAACGAGAAUUCGAAUUCCCAAGGGGAAGAAUCAAACUUGGAGGACGAGAGACGACGCAAACGAAGGUCUCGUUGGGCAGGAGGCGAACACGAAAAGAUUUUUAUCCCCGGGAUGCCAACUAUCUUGCCAUGCAAUCUCAGUAAGGAGCAGGAGGAAGCAUAUUUACUUCAACUCCAGAUAGAGGAAGUCAGCCGAAAACUUCGUUCAGGCGACCUAGGGAUCUCACCGAAUCCUGAAGAAAGAUCACCUUCUCCAGAGCCUAUAUACAGUAGCGAUGGGAAACGUUUGAAUACAAGAGAGUUUCGAACAAGACGGCGACUUGAAGAGGAGCGUCACAAUUUGGUUUUACGAAUGCAGACAAUUAAUCCAGAAUUUAAACCACCUGUUGAUUAUAAUCGGCCGCCUGUAAUCAGGGUGAGUGAUAAAGUUAUGAUUCCCCAAGAAGAGCAUCCCGAAAUCAACUUUGUCGGAUUGUUAAUUGGACCAAGAGGAAAUACUUUAAAAACAAUGGAAAAAGAAACUGGUGCGAAGAUCAUCAUACGUGGUAAAGGUAGUGUCAAGGAGGGGAAAGUGGGCCGCAAGGACGGACAACCAUUACCGGGAGAAGACGAACCAUUGCAUGCCUACAUCACAGCUACCAAUCCAGAGAACGUGAAGAAAGCUGUAGAAAAGAUUAAGGAAGUCAUUCGUCAAGGCGUUGAAGUACCCGAGAGCCAGAACGACUUACGUCGUAUGCAGUUACGAGAGUUGGCACAAUUGAAUGGAACAUUGCGCGAAAAUGAAGGUUUAAGGUGCAAUAAUUGCGGUGCAACUGAUCACAAAUCGUGGCUGGUAUGUUUUUAUAAAAGUUUUAUUUUGUACAAAGUAUUUUUAAACCGAUUCGUCUUCAUCUUGCGCUUCUUGUACUAAAGCUAUAAAUUUUCGUUUGAG